AUGGCAGAGAAUAAAGCACCAGAGGGAAACGAAAACGACGCGAAACGGGCGAACAGUGGAAAAAAAUUUCACAAAAUUGCCGACACAAACGACGACAAGAGACACGCUUUGCCAUGGAAUUUAACAAUGUUGAGAAUAACAAAAGCAGCAAUAACAGAUCAUGGAGAAUUUCAUGCACUUUUCGGAUGCCUCAUGCCUCAUGCCAUACCAUUCACAUUAACGCUUUUUCAGCAAAAUGAAGCAGCACAGUGGCAACAGUAG